UGAGCCGGCCUCGGGCCGCCAGUACGGUGACGGCCACUCACAGAGCUACGGCACAUCCUGGAACAACCACUACCAGUCGCCCACCAAGGGCUCCAGCUAUGACAGUCGCUAUGACGCUCCCGAGAAGGGAGACUCCAACAGGUACAACGACGAGGGCCACCACCAAUACAACCACAAGGGCGGCGACUCAGACUCUGUCAGCUACCACUCGGAAACACCCUACGGUGGGGGCCACUACAGCGGCGGAACCUACCACAGCGGUGGGGGAAACUACCACGGAGACGGACGAAACAACUACCGAGGUGGCGACGAUCACUACGGUGGAGGCGGUGGCCGCUAUGAUGGUGGUGGAAACAACUACGACGAUGGUUACAACUACGGCGGCGGUGAUGGUUACGGAGGUAGUAGAAACCACGACGGUGGAAGGAACCACAACGAUGACAUAACCUCCUACACCACUGGUGAUAGCCACUACAAUGGCGGCGGUGACGGAAGAAACGACUACGACGGUGACGACCACGGGUAUGGCGGCGGUAGAAACCACUACGAGGGUGACGAAAACCACUACGGUGGUGGCGGGAACAACUACGGGUAUGGGGGAGACAGCCAUGGUGACGAUUACGGCCGUGGACACGGCGGAUACAGUGGACAUGAUGAGUACGGUCACGGUUCUCAUGAUGAGUACGGUCACGGUUCUGACGGCGGGUACGACCAUGGCGGGCACGGCGGGGGGUACGGCGGUCCCGGACGAGGCUCCAACGGCCACUCAGAGGAUCCCAUUGACGAGUACGCCGUGUACAGCCCGAAAAUGAGCGGCACGUACCGCCGAAGGAGCGACCCAGGACAGGGUGGUCACCACAGAGGCAGUCUCCGGCGGCCAGUGUCAGAGGGGAACACCUUCAGAUACGGUGUUGCAAAACCUCCCGGUGUUGAUAGAAAAGAUGACUUUGAGGACUUCUCGAGCGGUGGAAAGGCGUCGACUAUCGGUGAGGUCAGGAGAAACGAUAUCCAGGUCAGCCCCGGAUUCAAGCCUGGGGUGCUGGAGCACGGCUUCCUUCCCAUCCUUCCGCCAAAGCACCACAUCAGUCGUCGCAGCCUGUCAGACGAGGCUGCCAAAUCCGACUACCAGCCUUACUACAGCAACUACAAGGGUCGCCACGGCUACCGCAACUACAAGACCCAGCAGGACCCCUACCAGAGAUAUCUGCCCAGAGAAGACGAGAACGACCCUUACUUUAGGUAA